AUGGUGCCACUUUGUCCCAUGGCUGAAGAUGGAUUGCCAAAAAUGUAUUCUCAUCUUCCAACCGAAAGCAGUAAAACAACAACUGAAGCAACCAGCCUCUUUGGGACUGACAACACUGUUCCUAGAUCAGAAACAACGAUUACUUCAGAAGGGGACCACAUUACUUCAGUAAGUGACCGUGUGCUAGAGAGUGAUUUUCUAACAACAAUAGGCAACAAGCUUCCAUCUCCAAAGGAAAGACUAAAUUCAGAAGAUGUGGAGUCCCAUAUUAUUAAGUUAUCAACCCAUCUGGAGAAAGAAAUUACCACUCUGACUGGUGCUACAAACUCCAUGGCUAAUGACUCUAUUACUGAAAAUUUUAUUCCAGUGAAAGUUGGUAAUAUCUCAUCACCAGUCACUUCUGUUUCUUUAAUAGAUUUUUCCACUAAUGAGUCAAAAGAAGAUAUUCUCUUGGAUACUAUUGACCCAGGAGAUAUAGAAGUCUCAAUAAUUUCUGAACUCUCUGGCUCACUAAAGGAAAUCACUACCAGCAUUACUGACAUUCCUGCCCUUCCAGCUAAGAAGGAAGAACCUGAUGUUAAUGAUAGUUCCUUAGUUAAAUCCAGUAUCACUCCUGAUGAGGCCAUCCAGACCACUGACUCCUCUAUUCCUGAGACUAAAAUCUCUCCCCCUGCUGGAAAAAACGUCACCACUAUUCCAGACAUAACUGCCCUUACAGAAGAGAACAUAGCUGAAAUUGACUUAAUUCUUCCAGAAGACGACCCAAAUGCUGUGUCUAAACUAACUGACUCUGAUGAGGAAAAGUUUAUCACUGUGUUUGAACUUACUACCACUGCCAAAAGAGACAAAGAUAAUCCAGAAGAAAUUCUUCUAACUGAUGAAGAGUCUAUAGGUGGAGUCGAUGUUUGGAUGGAGAAAGGUUUUGCCAAUGAAGAAGAGAACCAUCCUGUUUUGCUUACUGCUAUUGAAUCCAGAUAUGACUUCAUUGUUCCCAAACCAGUAGCUUUGAAUCUCAUGGAAGAUUCAUCUCCUACAACAAAGGAAGAUUUGUCUGAAAAUAAUAGAACAGAAUCUGUAACUAAGGCCACUGAUGCAUUUUCCAAAACUACCCCUGAUCUAGAUAAUCCAAGCCAAAAGGAAGACACUUUUACAACUGAAAUGGGUGUCUUUAAACUACUGAAAGAAGAACCAGAUGAGUUUCUGAUUUGA